AUGGCUGAAAAAAAUGUUAAAGAUCCAAUUGAUAAAUCAUUAAUAAUUGUUAUUAUUAUUGUUGUUUUUAUAUUAAUUGGAGUUAUCAUUGCUAUUCCUCUUAUUUAUGUUAAUGGAAGAGAUCAAGGAGAAUCUAUCGGACAGAAUCUAACAAAUAUUUCAACAGGAUAUGUGAAAAAUGAAUGUACACAAACAAUGAAGGAUGUUAAACCAAUAACUUAUUUAUCAAAUGAAGAACCAUUUCCAUAUAAAUUUCAUAGUUAUUUAUAUCGUCCAAGUGUUAUUUUAAAAAAAGUUGCUUUAAUAUUUGGUUUUAAUCAUGAUAAUAAUUCUUGGUCAUUAGAUUUUAUUAAAUUUGUUGAUACAACAACAAAAUCUGAUUUAAUUCGUGAUGGAAAUUUUGAAGAAAAUUAUUUAAGAAAAUAUUAUUAUCAAUGUAUUUUAUCAAAUACACGAAGUUCAAUAAGUGAUAUUUUAUUUGAUAUACCUUAUGAACAAGAUUUUUAUUAUAAUGAUCAAACGAAAGUUGGAAUGACUUAUUUAAUUCAAAAUAUUGAUGUUAUUGGAGGAAGAUAUUAUAAUAUAUCUUUUUAUCUUGAAAAUCGAGGUUAUCCUGGUAAUUAUUUUGUUCUUCUUGUUGGACCAUUAAAUUAA